CAGCUAUAGUUGAAGAUGAGUAGUAAUUUUACGACAUCGUUUCGGUUUCUUACAUCACAAACGUUCAAGAUGGAGGACGGUGAGAACCAGGCAGAUAUUUGCCGAGUGUGUCGGUCAGAGGGGACCCCUGACAAACCCCUUUACCACCCAUGUGUGUGUACAGGAAGUAUCAAGUUCAUACACCAGGAUUGCCUGGUCCAGUGGUUAAAAUACAGCAAAAAGGAGUACUGUGAACUAUGUAAAUACAGAUUUGCUUUCACACCAAUUUAUUCACCAGACAUGCCAAAACGGUUACCCAUUAAAGAUAUUUUCAGUGGUUUGCUUACUAGUAUUGGUCGAGCAGUUCGGUACUGGUUUCAUUACACAUUAGUGGCGUUUGCAUGGCUUGGAGUUGUUCCACUUACAGCAUGUCGAAUAUACCGAUGUUUAUUCACAGGAUCUGUGAGCUCUUUAUUAACCUUACCUUUGGAUAUGUUAUCCACAGAAAAUAUAGUAUCAGAUUCUUUUCAAGGUUGUUUUGUGGUGACUUGCACACUGUGUGCGUUUAUUAGUUUAGUUUGGUUGAGAGAACAAAUUCUCCAUGGUGGUGGCCCUGACUGGUUGGAACAUGAAGAUGAAGCAAAUAACCAAGGAAGGAAUUUCUUUGAAGGGGGAGUAAUGAAUAAUUUGAUGGGUAUGGCACCUAUUGGUCGUGGCAUGGUUGGUAAUGCCAAUGCAGAAGGUAAUGGAGCUGCUGCUGGUGCAGGAGAAGGUGGAAACCUGAAUGAAGAAGGCUUAGCUGGAGCACCAGAAGUGGAAGUCUUUGAUGUAAUUGCAAUGGGUCCUAACAAUGCUGCUCAAGAUGACAAUAAUUGGAAUCCUAUUGAAUGGGAUCGGGCUGCUGAAGAACUUACAUGGGAAAGAUUGUUGGGUUUAGAUGGCUCUCUGGUGUUUCUUGAGCAUGUUUUCUGGGUUGUAUCUCUGAAUACACUUUUCAUUUUGGUGUUUGCAUUUUGUCCAUAUCACAUUGGUCACUUUACUUUGGUUGGCCUUAAAAUUGAUGAUUUUGUUGUGGCAUCCCAUUUUGAAGGCCUCUUAACUGCACUCACUGGUUACAUUGUAUUUGCAUUGGGUCUUGUAUCCCUCUACCUUCUUUGUGCUCUGGUGCGCAUCAAAAGAUUCAGGAGGCUUAUUGGACUUUGCUAUGUUGUUGUUAAAGUGAAACUACUCGUUGUAGUGGAGAUUGGCGUGUUCCCAUUAAUUUGUGGCUGGUGGCUCGAUGUGUGUUCUCUGGCGAUGUUUGAUGCAACCUUAAAAGAGAGAAAAAACAGCUUCCAUUUAGCUCCAGGAACAUCAAUGUUUGUUCACUGGCUAGUUGGGAUGGUGUAUGUUUUCUAUUUUGCUUCAUUUAUUUUACUUUUACGUGAAGUGUUGAGACCCGGGUUGUUGUGGUUUCUCAGGAAUUUGAAUGAUCCGGAAUUUAACCCUAUUCAGGAGAUGAUCCACCUACCUGUCUAUAGGCAUGUCCGUAGAUUUAUUGCCUCCGUUGUUAUAUUUGGAAGUACAGUUCUCUUGAUGCUGUGGCUACCAGUCCGAGUGAUUCGGAAGGUGAUGCCACAGUUCCUACCUUACAAUGCUGUUCUCAACAGCGACGCCGCUAUGAGUGAGCUUUCUCUAGAGCUUCUCCUGUUGCAAGUUGUUUUACCAGCCUUGCUUGAACAGGGUUAUAUUAGGGCCUGGCUGAAAGGGGUAGUCCGUGGAUGGACUGUUGCUAUGGCAUGGCUACUCGAUCUCCGGUCCUAUCUCAUUGGCGACAUUGCUUUGACUGAACAGGAUAACAUUAUAUAUGGAGACCAACCUGGUAAUGGAGGUGUUGGAGCCGGUGUUGGUGCUGCAGCUGGUGGUGGUGGUGCAGGUGGUGGUGCUGCUGCUGAUGGUCAGCACAACAACGCAGCAGCACCUGCUGGAAAUGAGCCUGCAGCAGCAGCAGCAGCGGCAGCGGCAGCAGCAGCCAACGAGCCUGCUGCUCAGGCGGCAGGAACAGCAGCGGCGAAUAACGGCCCGGCUGACCAGACCAACAACCAAGCAGCUGCUCCUCCUGCUCCUCCCCCUCCUCCUCCACAGCAGCUUCCUCCACCACCGCCGCCGCCACCUCCACCCCCAGCUCCUGCACCAGCACCACCUCAAGUCCAAGCUGGACUUGGAGCUGUCCAUCAGGCUAUGCUUCAAGGUGGUGGGCCAACUGGUUUUCAAGCAUAUAAAAGAUCAUCUUUUUUCUCUAUACGGGUAUUCCUCCUUGUUGUCUUUAUGUGUAUCACUUUAUUUAUUGCUAGUUUGAUCUCGUUAGUAGUUCCAGUUUUCAUUGGCCGUAAAAUAAUGGCUAUUUGGAUGGGGGAUGCCAAGGUCCAUGAACUGUACACUGCUGCAUGUGGUCUCUAUAUGUGUUGGUUACUUUUGAGAAUAGCUACUGUACUUUACAACUGGAUUCCACAAGGGACCGCUGUUAUCAUGAAGAAGCUCAAAGAGUGGGCUAUUUUGGCUCUAGAAUCUUUGACCAUUGCUACAUUUUUGCUCGGGGUGAUUCCAUUACUGUUGGGGAUGCUAUUUGAGCUGGUUAUUGUUGUUCCACUAAAAGUUCCAAUUGAUCAGACUCCUCUUUACUUUCCUUGGCAGGAUUGGGCUCUUGGAGUUCUCCAUGCCAAAAUAGUGUGCGCCAUUACAAUGAUGGGUCCUCAUUGGUGGUUAAAACGAGCUAUUGAGCAGGUUUACAAUGAUGGUUUCCGCAAUAUGAAUGUCCGGUUUAUUCUCUUCAAGCUUUGUGCCCCUGUUAUUGCUACUUUAGGAAUGGCUCUGGCUGUUCCUUAUGUUAUUGGAAAAACUAUUGUUCCUGCUCUAGGUUUUAAUCCCACUGUCCAGAAUAUUGUUUUGCGAAGAAUCUACCCGAUGCUACUGGCAAUGAUUGUAAUGACAGUAGCCAGCAUAUUUCAAGCACGCCAGUUCAAAAGACUCUAUGAACACAUAAAAAAUGACAAAUAUUUGGUUGGGCAACGCCUAGUGAAUUAUGAACCAAAGAAGAACUUCACCACUACCAGUAGUGGGGCUUCACCAUCAAGCAUGACAUAUUUACCAAACCAGCAGCAAGGUCAGCAGCCACUUGUUGAAGGCGAAGCAGCAGCAGCACAACCAGCCAUGCAUGACCUGGGAGACAUGCCAGCUGAUCUUGCUAUGCCUGGUGGCCCACUCUUGCAGAUUCACCCAGAGGCUGCCGGCUUACAGCAGCAGCAGCAGCAGCAGCGACAAGUGUGAGCGAAACCCUGGGUGUCUGUGGGUGUGAGAGUGUUUCGAGACAGAAGAACAAGGUAAGGUAAAAACAACUGUUUAAAUGUGAAGAAACGACUUUAAGAAGGAAGUAACAGAAACACGAAAUAAUAAAAAAAAAAAAGAUAUAUAUAUAUAUAUAUAUAUAUAUAUAUAUAAAUAAAAAGAGCACAAAAGAAAUGAACAAUGGGGGAAAAAGAAUAAAAAAAGAAAUUAAAAUAUACAAAGAGAUAUUAAAAAAAAAAAGAAAGAAAAUAAAGAACACCUUUUCAGUGAGGUGUCUGUUGGUUGGAUUUGACCCUUGUUCGUUUUGAACGAGGUCUCACUGUUUCCUGAACUUACACAUUAACAAACCUUCCUUGAUGCGAAGAUUCAAAAACAAACAGCAAAUGAAAAGCAAAAAAGAACAU